CAGGGUGUCGUAAAUCCUGGCCGCCCCCAUGAAGAUGGCGGCGGAGCUGCAUCCGCGGAGCGGAAAGCUUAUCGGCCUGUCCAACUCGAACCGAACCGCCAGGCGCAACCAGCCCAUCCAGGAGUUCAACCACGGCCUGGUUUUCAGUAAGGAGCCCCUGAGGGACCGGGAUGUCUUCACCGUCCGUAUUGACAAGAAGGUGAACUCCUGGAGCGGCUCCAUUGAAAUCGGCGUGACGGCGCUGGACCCGGCCUCACUGGACUUCCCCAGCAGCGCCACCGGACUUAAGGGCGGCUCCUGGAUCGUGUCGGGCUGCUCGGUGCUGCGCGACGGCCGGUCCGUCCUGGAGGAGUACGGCCGCGACCUGGACCAGCUGGCCGAGGGCGACCGCGUGGGCAUCCAGCGCAGCUCCCAAGGAGAGCUCCACCUGUGGGUGAACGGCCAGGACUGCGGCGCGGCCGCCAGCGGCCUGCCGCCCAAGCUGUGGGCCGUGGUGGAUCUGUACGGGAAGUGCACUCAGGUGACGGUGGUCAGCUGCGAGCCACCGCCGCCUUCUGCAGAGAGGGAGAGGGAGACGAUAGAGCGGGACGAGGAGGAGGAGGAGGAGGAAGAGGAAGACGAGGUUGUGGUUCGAGGGGGUCGAGAUGAUGGGGGGAUAGCAGCACUGAUGAAUGUGGCAGCAAUAAAUGGAAUGGUGAAUGGAGAUGAAGUGCCUGAGCUCAGCUGCAAUAACAGCCGACCAGACAAGUUCCCCAACAACCUGGAGCCUGAUGCUGUUCUCACAGAACACCAACUCUUUGACGUGUUCAACAACGCAAUAGUUUCAUUUUAUCGCUCCGGAGACGAGGGAGGAGGGGACGAAGGUUCAGAUUGGGAUGGAGGAGGAGAAGGAGGAGGAGGAGAUGCUGGAGGCGACUCCUCUUCCAGAAACGACAGAGGGAGCAGCAGUGGAGGAGGUGCAGCCCAUAGUGACGGCGGUACAGGGACGACUGGAGGAGGAAGAGAUCGGGGGGAUUGUAACAACAGCCCAGCGGGUAACGAAGGAGCAGCGCCAGGCUCCGGAACGGGUGGGCUGAUGACCAACGACGCGCUGCUGUUCCACGAGAAGUGCGGCACGCUGAUCAAGCUCAGCAACAACAACAAGACGGCUGAGCGGAGGAGACCUCUGGACGAGUUCAACAACGGCGUGGUGAUGACCAACCGGCCGCUCCGGCACAACGAGAUGUUCGAGAUCCGCAUCGAUAAGCUGGUGGACAAGUGGUCGGGUUCCAUUGAGAUCGGCGUGACCACGCACAACCCCAACAACCUGGACUACCCUGCAACCAUGACCAAUCUGCGCUCAGGUACAAUCAUGAUGAGUGGCUGUGGGAUCCUAACGAACGGGAAAGGAACACGUAGGGAAUACUGUGAAUUCAGCCUGGAUGAACUUCAGGAGGGCGAUCACAUCGGGUUGAUGCGGAAAGCCAGCGGCGCUCUCCAUUUCUACAUCAACGGUAUCGAUCAAGGCGUGGCAGCAGCCCAGACGCCCAACGUGGUUUACGGUGUUGUGGACCUAUAUGGCAUGGCUGUCAAAGUCACUAUAGUCCACAACCACAACCACAGCGACCGCCUCAGGCGCAAUAACGCCAUCAUGAGGGCGCUUUCACCUGAUGUGGGUCGGCCCAGGCCGUCUCUGGCCCUCACUCCGGACUCAGAAGCACCUGACCGCCUUCUGUUUCACCCAAACUGUGGCCAGAAGGCAGCCAUCAUUUGCGACGGCAGAACGGCGCUGCGACCGCAUGCAACUGAUGACUUCAACCACGGUGUGGUACUGAGCAGCCGCCCUCUGCGAUCCAACGAGGUGUUCCAGGUCCGCAUUGACAAGAUGGUGGACAAGUGGGCCGGUUCCAUUGAAAUUGGCGUCACGACACACAACCCGGCCUACCUACAGCUCCCUUCCACCAUGACCAACCUACGGUCAGGGACAUGGAUGAUGACAGGUAAUGGCGUGAUGCACAAUGGAACCACCAUCCUGGACGAGUACGGACACAACCUGGAUCGCCUCAAGGCGGGCGACACAGUGGGCGUCGUGCGGAAAGAAGACGGCAGCCUGCACUUCUUCGUGAACGGCGUGGCGCAGGGCCCGGCGGCCUGGAACGUUCCGCCAAACGUGUACGCUGUGGUGGACCUGUACGGCCAGGCUGCGCAGGCCACCAUCAUGGAUGACAUGGUCGACCUCCCUCCUCUUCCGGAGGACGGCUCAGACGGCCCCACCGCCAUGUCCCCUGGGACCCCCUGCUCGGUAUCGGGGGCUCCCACAACCACGGACCUGCGAUUCCACCAUCUGCACGGCACCAAUGCCGUCAUCACCAACGGGGGCCGCACGGCGUUGCGUCAGAACUGCCGCAGCGAGUUCAACGACGCCAUAGUUAUCUCCAACAGGUGCCUUCGGGAAGGGGAGCUGUUUGAAAUAGUCAUUCAGAAGAUGGUGGACCGCUGGUCAGGUUCGAUAGAAGCAGGGGUGACCGCCAUCCGGCCCGAGGAGCUGGAGUUUCCAAACACGAUGACUGAUAUAGACUAUGACACCUGGAUGCUGAGUGGGACCGCCAUCAUGCAGGACGGCAACACCAUGCGCAAUAACUACGGCUGCGACCUAGACUCCCUGACCACGGGUUCUCGGAUCGGCAUGAUGCGCACAUCCAACGGUGACCUCCACUAUUACAUCAACGGCGUGGAUCAAGGCGUCGCCUGUUCGGGGCUGCCAGCAGAAGUGUAUGCUGUGAUCGAUCUGUACGGUCAGUGCGUUCAGGUCGCCAUCACCAGCUCCUCCGGCCCGUUGGACAACAGCCUCUGUACCAGUAACGUCACGGAGAAGAGCUUCCCCAUCCACUCUCCAGCAGGCGUCGCUCACCGACUCCACAGUAAACACGGUAAGAACGUGGUGCUGCUGGGUGAAGGCUGCCAGGCCAUCAGAGUGGGCGGUUAUUCUCACGGCAUCGUUUUCAGCGCCAAGGAGCUCAAAGCAGACGAGCUGUUUGAGGUGAGGAUUGAUGAAGUGGAUGAACAGUGGUGCGGGUCUCUGCACAUCGGCCUGACCACGCUGGCGCCUACGGAGCUGCCGUCCUGCCCGCUGUCCGGUCUCUCUCCCUCGCUCCCGCAGCUCCGCACCAAGGUCACCUGGCUGCUCUGUGGGUCCGAGGUGCGGCGAAAUGGCGUGCUGCAGCGACAGAAUUAUGGCUAUUCGUUAGACCGGCUGACGGUGGGGAACCGAGUGGGCGUGAAGCGCUGUAACGACGACACGAUGCACAUCUUUGUUGACGGAGAGGACAUGGGACCCGCCGCCACCGCAGUACCCAAAAACGUUUAUGCGGUGUUGGACCUGUACGGGAGGAUAACGGCGGUGUCCAUCGUCAGCUCCUCACUGACGGAGGACUCUGAGAGCAUCAAGGCGCCCUCGCUGACCUCGGAUAGCUGCAGCGAAGGGGAGGAGGACAGCAGCCCUGUUAGGGAGGUUGAGAGCGAAACGUGCCCCCUGGUUCCCACCAUCAUGAUGUUCCUAGAAAACCACGGCAAAAACAUCCAGCUGUCCAACCAAAACCUGACUGCGGCCAGGGUGUCCAGCUACAACCAGGGCCUGCUGGUCACCGCCCAGCCGCUGGCACGCCAGCAGCUCUUCCAGUUUCAGAUCGAUCGUCUGAACCCGUCGUGGACGUCUUCUCUAUCGUUAGGGGUGAUAGGCCACUCCCCUGACCGGCUGAACUUCCCCUCCACGGCCUGCUGCCUGAAACGAUCCGCCUGGCUGCUGCAGCGAGACUCCGUCUUCCACAACUCUCUAAAAAUAUGUGAGAACUACGGUCCUAACCUGGACACUUGUCCAGAGGGGACGGUGUUGGGUCUGCUGGUGGACACCAACAGCUGUCUCCAUCUCUUUGUGAAUGGAAUGGACCAGGGCGUGGCGGCGCAGGACAUCCCUUCACCCUGUUACCCCUUCAUUGACCUCUACGGCCAGUGUGAACAGGUUACCAUAGUAACGAACAAUGUGCCAGCUGUGGGUGCGGAGAGCGGUGAGACGCGCUUUCAGGGAGACAUGGAGAAGGCGGAUAUGGUUGACGGUAUCAAAGAGAGCGUGUGCUGGACACCCCCUCCAGAGGUCAACCCCAACAAGACCUGCGAGUACCAGGCUCUCUGCUCCCGCUUCAAGGACUUGCUCACCUUACCAGAUGGCUACUUUAACGAAGAUGCAAAGUACAACCUGUGCUACUGUGAGUCCUGCCACAAGCUCCGGGGGGACGAGGCGUACUACAAGCGAGGAGAGCCACCCCGAGACUAUGCCCUGCCAUUUGGAUGGUGUCGCUUCGCCCUCAGGAUCAAGUCCCACUGUGAGGUUUCUAAUGCACUAAAGAAGUGGCACAUCGCUUACCACGGCACAAGCGUAGGAGCCCUGAGACGCACACUGGACCACGGCCAGCUGCUACCUGGAACAUCGUCCAUUUUUUUGGUGUCUCCGGUGAAAACCGAAGGUCCAAACGGCUACACCGAACCAGAGGAGAACUGCGCCCCCGGCAGGGAGGUUCCCAGGGUGCGGCUCUCCCCGACCAUGCGCUACUCUGGCAUGGAGUCAUUUGCUCCUAAAGUGCAAUUUCAGGACCCGCGUUCUCAGCGCCGCCACCAGGCUCAGGUGGGUUUCCAGGUGUGCGUACGGCCGGGCUCCUACAAGGUGGGACCUCAGACACUCAGCCACAGCGAGCCGCUAGAUCCUCGCUUCAGCAACUCAGAGAUCGAGUGGAUAACGAAGGAGCAGGGCGGCAUGCUUCUAUACGGGCUGCUGAUCCGGGUGGAGUGAAGGAAGCGAGACACUUUUGGUGGUUUUUGAUAAACAGACAACCAAAUCCAAGCCCUGCCUUGAGCAAGACACUCCUCUGGAGUCCAGCUGGUCCCAACAGCAGAUUGUUGACAACUCAGCAUUUUUGGUUUUGUUUGGGUCACUCACUUUGGUCGCUACUAAGAACAGACACUGCCUGCACUUUAUGUUUCGGACACUAGUGGGCGAUUUUCUAAACGUCUCAUCGACACGUUUGUUUAUUAGCUAUGGUUUUCUCUCCUUAAUUCAUCAUCAGUUUGCUCUUCCACCCUGGAGUAGCUUCUUUAGUUUAGCACUUUGGACCUUUGGUGAGUGUUUCAUUAUAGGAGGAGGUAUUUCUCACCACAUUUUACAAAGAAAAUGACUGAAAGGUAUGUAUAAUUGAAAAAAAGAGGGAUGUGUUUUAAAGGCGAUGAAGAAAUGACGCAACACUUGAAUCUAAAUAUGAGCCCGGAAGCAUGGUGUGAUUGAAUGCGCUAGCGGGAAGAUUUUAAAACUGGACUGCGGGAUAAGUUUGUUUACACAUCUGUCUUUCACUGCGUUUUUCUGUCCGCUUUUUGUCUUCGUAUAAACAGACACUUUUCCAUCGGUUUACACAGAUCUCUGAGCCGGGAUAACGUUUCACCCUCUAAUGUGGCCAUUUAUUUAUCUCAAAUUUUUAACCCCAGAAUUUGCAUUUUAAAGGUUACGCAUCUAGAUAAUGGGUUUAUGUGCCAGUCGUGUCCCCGUGAACAGUUGCCGGAAGUUGGAAAAGGAUCAAAUCCAAUAUGGCUGCUGCUUACAAUAAAA